AUGGGAUUCAGUACUGCGGCCGAAUUUGACCAGGCCUACUCGAGUGUGCGAAGCGCCUUUGCAUCCGGCAGUACCAAGAAUAAACAAUGGAGACGACAUCAACUCAGACGUGCUUGGUGGAUGGUCGAGAAUAACAAGAAGCGCAUCUGCGACGCCCUCUAUACCGACCUACACAGGCAUUACCAAGAAUCGCACUCCGCAGACUGCGCGGGUGCCCAGGGCGACAUCCUGCGCACCUUGGAGAAAUUGGAUGAAUGGACCAAAGACGAGAGACCAACAAGGACUGAUCCUCUUAAUUUCCUUGGAAGAACGACAGUUCGCAAGGAGCCUCUUGGGGUUACUUUAAUCAUUGGAGCUUGGAACUUCCCUGUCACUCUGCUUCUGCAGCCAAUGAUUGCUGCGAUUGCUGCGGGAUGUGCUAUGAUUCUCAAACCAUCAGAUGUGGCUUGCGCGACCCAGGAUCUAAUGAUGGAAAUUAUCCCUCAGUAUAUGGAUAGCGAUGCGAUACGAUGUGCGUCGGCUGGACCACAGGAAAUGGGAUAUAUCUUGGAGCAUCGUUUUGAUCACAUCUUUUACACUGGAUCAACUAGCAUUGCGAAGAUUAUCCAUGCGGCAGCAGCAAAGCACCUCACACCUGUUACACUCGAAUUAGGCGGCCAAUGUCCAGCAAUUGUCACCGAGUCAGCUAAUCUGGAUCUCACUGCGAAGCACAUCGCUGUUACUAAAUUCAACAAUGCCGGACAGAUUUGCUUGAAUGUUAAUCAUGUUCUUGUUCAUCCUACCCUGCGAGAGGACCUGGUCACCGAGUUGUGCCGGUAUUUCGACACAUUCCGAGGGGGCAAAGACAACCAACCAGACUAUUAUACGCACAUCAUUAACGAUCCCAACUUUGACCGUCUCGACAGUUUACUCCAGCAGACCUCUGGAAAAGUCGUGUAUGGCGGCCAGCGGGAUCGCCAAAGCCGAUAUUUUGCACCGACAAUUGUGACUGGGGUCAACCCCAGCGAUCCCCUUUUGUCUGAAGAAAUCUUCGGACCAAUUCUUCCCAUCGUCGAUGCAGACUUCGAUACUGCUAUCUCAUUCACACGUGAAUUAGAGCACCCUCUUGCAAUUUACGUGUUCACCAGCAAAUCCGCAGAUAAGGAGCGUAUCUUGAACGAAACCCAAUCCGGAGGCGUGACCUUCAACGACUGCGGUCUUCACGUUGCUGCAUGCGAUGCACCAUUUGGUGGCGUUGGGAACGCCGGCCAGGGCUAUUAUCACGGCCCACAGGGGGUCUUGACAUUCUCCCAUCUUCGCACGCACAUUAACGCAUUGCCCGCGUGGAUGGAAUGGUGUAUCGCUGCGCGAUAUCCCCCUACUCGAUCGAGAAGGCCCACAAGAUGUCUCCACCGGUUGUCCCGUCAUUUGACCGUGACGGCAAUGAUAAGACUCUCACUGGUGGCUUGA